AUGCGUCGCGCCGUGAACUCGCAGGCGCUCAAGUCGCUCGCGCGCCGCGCCCAGGCGGCCUCCCGCUCCACGUCCGCGUCGCAGCCGCACAUCCAGUCGCGCGCGCUCUUCCAGACGGCGCAGCGGCCCGUGCUGCGCGCGUUCUCCACGGCCGCGCCCAAGGCGUCGGAGGAGGACCCCGCCUCUGUGCCCGUGGAGGCCGCGGAGGAGGCCGCGCCCGAGGAGGAGCAGGGCGAGGACGACAUCGGCCGCAAGCUCAAGCCGCGUGAGGUCGUGGAGCAGCUGAACAAGUACGUUGUGGGCCAGGCGGACGCCAAGCGCGCCGUGGCCAUCGCGCUGCGCAACCGCUGGCGCCGCCAGAAGGUCUCGGACGAGCUGCGCCGGGAGGUGAGCCCCAAGAACAUCCUGAUGAUCGGCCCCACGGGCUGCGGCAAGACGGAGAUCGCGCGCCGCCUGGCCAAGCUGUCCGAGGCGCCGUUCGUCAAGGUGGAGGCCACCAAGUUCACCGAGGUGGGCUUCCACGGCCGCGACGUGGACCAGAUCAUCCGCGACCUGGUCGAGAACGCCAUCAACAUGGUCAAGAAGAGUCGCAAGGAGCGGCUGCGCAAGCAGGUGCAGCACCUCGUGGAGAGCCGCAUCCUGGACGUGCUCACGGGCGCCAACGUCACGGAGCGCUCGCGCUCGACGUUCGAGCGUCUGCUGCACGCCGGAGAGCUGGAGGACCGCAUCAUUGAGAUCGACGUCCCGGCUGCCAAGAACCCGGGUGGCCAGCCCAUCUCGUUCGUCGGAGGUGAGGGCAAGGGCAUCUCCAUUGAGGCCUUUGGCCGCGCCUUUGGAGAGAAGAAGACCGAGCGCAAGCGUAUGACGAUCGCUGAGUCGCGCGGCGUGUUCGAGGAGAUGGAGAUGGAGAACGCCAUCGACAUGACCGAUGUCGUGCGUGAGGCCAUCCAAGAGACCGAGGAGAACGGCAUCGUGUUCAUCGAUGAGAUCGACAAGAUCUGCUCGAGCGGAGACUUCCGUCGCUCGUCGGACCCGAGCAGCGAGGGAGUGCAGCGCGACCUACUGCCUCUGAUUGAAGGCAGCGUGAUCUCCACCAAACACGGCAACGUCAACACGGACCACAUUCUGUUCGUGGGCUCCGGUGCGUUCCACUCUUCCAAGCCGUCGGACCUGCUUGCUGAGCUCCAGGGCCGUCUUCCUAUCCGUGUGGAGCUCAAGGGCCUCACUGAGGAAGACCUGCACCGGAUUCUGACGGAGCCUGUGACGAACCUCAUCAAGCAGCAGGUUGAGCUUAUCAAGACGGAGGGUGUUAACCUGAACUUCACGGACGACGCUGUCCGUGAGAUCGCUCGUGUCGCCGCGGAAAUUAACCAGACCGUGGAGAACAUUGGCGCCCGGCGACUGCACACGGUGGUGGAGAAGGUGGUGGAGGACAUUAGCUUCGACAGUUCCGAGAUGGCCCCUGGAUCCACUGUCACUAUCACCAAGGAGUUCGUGCUCGAGCGCGUGGGCAAGCUCAUGAAGAAGACGGACCUCUCCAAGUUUAUUUUGUAG